GGAGGGUUGAAGUGAGACGAAGUAUAAUAGUCCCACUCAGAGAAGGCAAUUUCCGAGUAUCAUAGCGCAUCCACUCCACACCACUCCACUCACCUCCCAAACAUGGCCUAAGGCUUAAAGAGAGUGGAAGAGGGCAGCCGUAUAACACACACCUAGAGAGACCAUUUCGUAGUGGGUACUCUCCAGGCGUCGGUUUCUUUUUAGUUUGCAGUGGGUUUUCCGACGGUUUUGGGGCUCGGGUUGAGGCUGUUUUUCGGCGUGUUGAUCUCGGUUAUAUUGUAUGUGUGAUUCUCUCGGUACAGUCAGUGUUUGUGGGAGCUUGCUCAAGCAUUUGGUCGGUCAACAGCGGAAUAAUCGUCGUUAUUGAGUAUUCAGAUUGUUUAUCUUUGUUGAAAUUCUGUAGUUUGUUCUCAAUAAAAUCCCUCCUAGCUGGCAGACCAAAUUGCUCGAACCAUUGUAUUCUUUAUUUCUGCUGGCUGUUGCGAUCUGUUUGGGCGUUGUGUUCUUGAUUAAAUUGGUACACAAUUUUUACACUAAUCUAUUUACCAAAGGGUCUGCAAGCAUCAAGAAAAGGAGGUUCUGUACGUAUUGAAUGUAGUCAGAGCGACUUCUUGUACUUGAAAUCAAUAAUUCAUAUUUUUACCUUUCAAGUCAGUAGCUGUGGAAGGUUACUAGUAAUGCUUUGCUCAAUUUGAUAUGUCUUAGCUCUAUGCUCCGCCUUUUCCAGACGACUAGUUGCUCGAUCUUCAAUUGUCUGAGGAAUAAGCAGACUUACCAUUUGCCAGCUGCUUUAAAUAGUUACCCCCUUUUCUGGCUCUAUCUGCAUCUCACCAUAUUUUUAUACAAUAGAUGGUUUCCAAACUCAUUCACGUGGCUGCAUAUGAAGCUGAAAAUCAUUUUGAGGUCUCUUUGAGACAAGCUUUCGAGCUUCUUGAACCAAAAUUAAGACCUCCAUUUUGUUUGAAGAUCCCAGACCCACAAGAAUACAAGGAGCUGAAUUGGGCUAUUCUCUAUGGGAUUUUAUGUGAACCGCAUUUGGGUAAAACUCAUAUUAAGCAUUUGCAUGCAAUUGUCACGGAUGGUUAUGGUCUGAUUUGUUAUCUGCUUCGAAAGGUUGUUAAUGAACUGUAUCUUAAACUCAUUGAUGGUGCAAAAUGUCAAAUAUUUAUGGUGACUAAGGAAAUGAUAAAGGUAUGUGCUGUAGGGGUCGACGCUGUUUUGAUAUCUCUGUUGAGGCAAAUUGUUGGUGGGGAUUUUGGUGAAGGGAAUUUAUGGUUGUGUUUUGAAUUGACGAGUCUACUUUUGAACAGUUGGAGUUAUUUGUUGGAAGAAUUACCAGAGGUUAUGCCAAGUGCAUUAUAUACGUUUUUACGGUUAUUAGCAGAUCACUGCAGAUUUUCUGAUGAAAAAUUGGGGCCUUUGAAGCAAUUGGAGAUUGCAUUUUGCAUUAAAGUUAUAAGGGAGCAAUUUCAUUUUUGUUUGAAGAUUGGGAGAGAUUUUAUUAGGCUCUUACAAGACUUAGUUUAUGUACCUGAAUUUAGGGAUGUAUGGAAAGACUUGUUAAUAAACCCAAGCAACUUUAGGAGUCCCGGGUUUUCUGAUAUUUCAAAUUUUUACCACACAAGAACUUCAAGUCGAUACUUCUUACUUCGUAUUUCUCCCGAAAUGGAGGCCCAACUGCGUUUUUUGAUGACAAAUGUGAAACUGGGCUCUCAAAACCGCUAUCAGAUAUGGUUUGCCAAGAAGUUUUUACACGGGCCUGAGAGUGAAACGAUCAUUUCUGACAUUGUUCGGUUUAUAUGCUGUGCACACCAUCCUCCAAAUGAAGUCAUUCAGUCUGAUAUUAUUCCGAGAUGGGCUGUUAUAGGAUGGCUUUUGACAUGUUGUAGGAAGAAUUAUAUAAAAGCCAAUGUAAAACUUGCUCUUUUUUAUGAUUGGCUUUUCUUUGAUGAUAAAACUGACAAAAUUAUGAACAUUGAGCCUGCAAUGCUGUUAAUGGUAUUUUCCAUACCUAGAUAUAUUGAUAUAGUUCACACUCUUCUUGAAUUUCUAUUCCUUCUUGUGGACAACUAUGAUGUGCAAAGGAAGGAUAAAAUAGCUUUGGGUGUCUCUUCAGCUUUUAGUGCACUUAUUGAAAAAGGAGUAAUUUCCUCAUUGGACAAUUUGAUUUCUUUUGGCGGCAUUUCUCCAUUACUACGUGACAGGCUUAGGGUACUUUCAUCAUGUAAGAAAUUUCAGGUUUCAAAUGAAGUACAAUUAUUUGUACCUGAUCACUCUGCAAAGCCUCUGCCUUCUUUGACUAAAUCCUGCGCAGGCAUGAUAGAUUCGGAAAGCCAUCCUAGCUGCAUUGUAGGCAAUGCAGAUUCUACAUCUGUUGGUGUUUCUGUUCCUAUUGUGGAGGAUGCAUCUGCCUCUUAUCAUUCAUUUGCAACAAAUGUACAACAAUGUGACAAGAUAGAAAUUUUGGUGAAAAAUCUUGGUGAAGUUACUAGAAAAUCUUAUAAAAUGGGCCUGAAAACUCUGGAAGAACUUCUAGUUUUAUUUCUCUCACUCGAUGACAAUGCACAAGAUAGUAGCACAAUUUUUUGCCCUGAAAUACUUUCUUCCAGAAUCUUAAAUACAUACAACUCAAGUGGGCAUAAACUAUUUUGUGCUCUUGAAUUACCUCCAAAUGGUCCCAGUUAUGAUGAUGAAAUAGAAUCUGCCACCGCCUUAAUAAUUCGUACCUUCAUCUUUCAUCAUGAAAAAAAUAUACUACAAUUGCUUUUAUUUUGUUCUAGGAAUGGUUUGCCUGUGGGAGCGCGAUUGUUAUCUUAUGUAACUCGUCUGGCUUAUGAGGCAAACAAAGCAGGUUUAACAGAAAAUGUUGAGUUUGAGAACAGUGAGAAAGCAGAAAUGGAUUCAAAUACCCAGUUAUUGUUGUUCCAUGUGAAUGGAUACUUUUCUUUUAGGAAUGGUAUGGGAGAAUACCCCCAAGAAACAGUUCUCUCUUUUUCUGGAAUAAACAAGGAGGAGAUUGCUAAGUUGGUAACAAAUGCCUUUUCUGCUUAUAGAUGUUUCCUUGCUUAUUUAAAAGAUAUUUUGCACAAAGAUGCUGAUGUAUCUUUAACCAAGGUCUUCUAUCGUGAUUUGAUGUCCUGUGUGGAAUGGAAUGCUAGGAGAGUGAAAUUCUUAUUCCAUUGCAUUUUUGAUCUUCUCUCAGAUUUAUGCCUAUGCAAGGAAGAGAUUGUUAAAUUACUUGUUACCCUGUUGGAUGACACUGAUCUUGUUAAUAUGCAGUUUGAGAUUAUUGCAAAGAAAUUUUGUGUGUUUGGUAAGGACAUUAAAUCUAUUUUUCUUUUAGUUAAGAGCUCUCUGAAUUGGGGUUGUCUCGAACAACGUAAACUCUGGGGCUUGAUAAGGUCUGAGCUUGUAGUUUCACAGGUUCGGGUUGAAAACAUAGUUUCAAAACUUUUUUGCUUGGGUGUAUUAGAUGCAAGCAAGCAUGCCAUUGCCAUUGAAGGUCUUCUAAACUUGUGCUGUUAUAGUGCACCAUCACCUGAGUUUGUUGAGGCAAUCAUGUUAAUACCCAAUGAUGCAUUUCACGGCUUCUCUGCCGCAGUUUUGGCUUCCUGGGUUGUCUCGAACGAGUCAAUGCUAUUUCAAAGCCUGGUUGAUUUUUCAGGGAAACUUGGAAAGAUGAAUGAAAGUGAGGUUGUGGUAAAUCAUUCUGCAAUUUUAUGGUUGGUGAAUCAUUUUAGAUGAAGCUGAGGAAGUGGAGGUUUGGCUCUAUCUCCACAAUUGCCUUUGUUCAGAUGGUUCACACAAUCUCCGAUCUAUUUUCUUUGUUUUAUGCAGAAGAAAAAAUUGCAAAAUCCGAUCCAUGGGAAACCACAGAAAAUGAAUCUAUGUGGUGGUAUCCAGAUGUGAUUGACCAAAUAUUAGAAUUUUUGGUCCUAGGGAGAAUCUCACUAAGCGGCUAUCAAGUUGGUACAAUACAAAUCAAGGACGAGUCUAUUUUGAUAUGAUUCUUGGGGAAAGAGGAGAAGAGCACAUUAAGCUAAGCCACGUCUCUAGAAUUAUUUCUGCGCAACGGACCAUACGCAAGGAUAAAGAUGAAACUGAGGUUUGGUUUAGUGGCUUAAAAGCAUUAAUCUCACGUAUCUGUAAUCGAAAGUAGAGAACUGAAUCAUGUAGUCUUAAAAGCAUUAAUCUCACAUAUCCGUAAUCGAAAAUGGAGAACUGAAUCAUGGAAUGAUGGUAUGCCGUCUGAAGUAAAUAGUCCUAGAACAUUUACCCAAAGAAGUUCUCCCCUGCAUUCCCCACUUAGCAGCAAUGAAAGCGUGCAAAAGGAAGGUGGUGAGCAUAUUAGACUUCACAGUCCCUAUAGAAGUCCUUCAAAAUAUGGUCUGGAUAAGGCAUUAUCAGAUAUAGUGUUGUAUAAUAUUCUUCCUAAAGGUUUCUUCCACUCAUAUUCUGUAAGUCAUCUGGAGGUUCAGAUAGCAUGCAUGGACACAUGAAAGCAGUUCCAAUGGAUGCUUUUAGGGGUAGUCUCUCUAGUGCUGUCAGCUCAUCAAGCCAAGGUUCAGGAAAUGAUGGAGGUGUCCUUGGUGGUGGAACUCUUCGAGUUGGAAGUUCUUUUGAUAGCAAAAUCGAUUAUUUGCUGCCAAAAGCCUUAGUCUGUAGUAGUACUUGAUGUACAAAAAUUGCCUGUGGUAAUCGGCAUGCUGCCUUGGUGACCAAACAAGGUGAAUUUUUCUCCUGGGGCGAAGAAUAUGGAGGCAGGCUUGGGCAUGGAGGAGAGUCUGAUGCUCAUCAUCCAAAGCUUAUAGAUGCCCUGAGUAAUUUAAAAAUUGAGCUAGUAGCUUGUGGUGAAUGUCAUACAUGUGCUGUAACACUUUCUAAUGAUCUGUAUACAUGGGGUGACGGCACUUAUAAUUCUGUCCUUGGGCAUGGAAAUGAUGUAAGUCACUGGAUUCCAAGACGAGUAACUGGUCCCUUACCCUACAUGUAUCUUCCAUUAUUGUGGACCUUGUCAUACAGCACUGGUGAUAUGUGCUGGAAAAUUAUUUACAUUUGGUGCUCUUGGUCACAGAGAUCGAGACAGCAUUUCAAUAUCUAAAGAAGUGGAGUCUCUCAAAGGUCUACGUACUGCCCGAGCUGCUUGUGGUGUUUGGCAUACAAUUGCAGUUUUAGAAGUUAUAAUGGGAAAUCCAAAUUCGAAUAACAACUCUUUAGGGAAGCUGUUUACUUGGGGGAGGAUAGGGACAAAGGUCGGCUAGGGCGUGGUGACAAAGAAGUAAGGCUUGUGCUACUUGUGUUGCUGCUCUUUUUGAACCGAACUUUUGUCAAGUUGGUUGUGGACAUAGUUAACUUAAGCACUUAAACUAUGGCCAUGACUACACUAUGGGAAGCCCUGUGUCUGUCAUCUUUAAUUAUUUGUGUUUACAUAGAAAAUUGAAAACGUAUUUAAUUAUUUGUUUUAUUAUUAAUGAUUUUUAAUGAUAGACAAUGUUUGUUAUC